AAUGUAAGGAAGACUUGCAUUGGUUAAUCCAUCAAGUAUUAGUUGGCAUCAAUAGUAGAAGAGGAUUUGAGUACCGGUAUCAGAAUACCAACAGAGAUUAUUCUACAAUAGAGAUAGAUGGCAAGUCUUUGCGCUAUAAUUGUUUAAUAGGAAAAUAGGAGUGUUCUGUAAGUAAUUGUUCAUCUCAUUACGUACUAUUUGUCCUUAUAUAAGAUUUUAAGAUGGUGUGGUAUUUGCCCAGGUUGCAUUCGCUAUCAUGUCUGUACAAGACAUCAGUGCCGAGAAAAAAGAAGAGAAGUGAAGAGGAGUCAUGAGGGAUGUCCUCAUCAGCUCAAGAUUGCCAAAUAGCUCGCUAUUUCUGAUUUGGGAAAAUAAAGCCUGAAGUUACAAAUCAUGUUUUCAUUACCUCGAGACUUGACCUUGAAACUCGAAACUCCAGCUUGAGAAAAUAGCUUGAGAUAUUUUGCUCAGCGUUCAUGCAUAGUACGAGUCUUCGGACUGGUGAAGGCGCACCAGACAAAUAGGAUAUUUUGCAAACUAGCCCAAUAUAUCUUGGGAUGAUUAUCUGAAUUGAGGGCUGAUGAAAACGUGAAUUAGCUGGAUAAUUUGCGAUCGGGAUAGUUCAAAUAGCGGGAUAUUUGGCAAUCUCAAGCUGAUGACGGCAGACCUUUUGAGCUAGUGAUCUGUGCUAUCAUGUCAAGUCUCCACUUGUAUCCGACCUGGCCAGUAAUCCCCUCUCAUAGGAAAUCAGAAGAAUACAGAGGCUUGAAGCUUGUCCAGCUUUCUCACCUAUUCAACCAAAGCCAUUGACUCAGGGGUGAACUUCAAUGGCCAGUAGAACAAUGGCUGGUCAAGGAGAUCCAAAGAAAUAGACAAUGGAUGACCAGAGGGGUGUGUAAUACCUCUAUCCUCCCUGUUGUCCAGGGAUAAAAUGGUGACAGGAUUUAAUAGGACGCUGCACAAAAGGUGGGUUCCUUGAAGGUCUAAGGAAGUUAGGAACACUUUACCAUGGCUGAAUGAAGUCAACCAUGUUCUUGAUCUGGCAGAGACAACUGAACCCAGCCAGCCGAGACCUACACCUUUGUUCUAGCUCAUUUGUUAUAGCUGUUGUGGUUGAGUACUUUGUCAUUGAUCACCAGCUGAUGAAGAGGAGGGGCUUGGUGACUCGUGCGUUGGACUGACUCACAGAUUGUCCAGCUUUACCUACCUUUCAACUACACCAGAAGGACAUUGACAUUGCGGAGUUACAACUCUUGUUGUGGAUCUAGAUUUUGAGCAAGAACUUUAAAAAUUCAUUGUCUGAUUUGAAGAAAAAGGAGAAACCGGAACCAGGUCAGGUGAUUUCUUAGAAUAUCAGAAAAAUUGGAAACUUGCAAGACAUUCCAACUUGAAGGAAGAUUUGUUUGCACUGUAAGUGUCCACGGGAGGACCACAUCGUGAUGGCGGUGGACCAAGAGAAAAAUGUCAACCGGAUGAUGACGGACUUCCAGAGAAGCUCUGCAUCUGAUGAUGAUAGUGGGUGUGUCUUGGAGGAGUACACAUGGAUACCACCUGGGCUCAAACCGGAUCAGGUUCAUCGCUACUUCUGCAGCCUACCCGACGACAAGGUUCCAUACGUGAACAGCACUGGGGAGAAGUUCCGCAUCAAGUCGCUGCUGCAGCAGCUUCCGCCUCACGACAACGAGGUCCGGUACUGCAACGGUCUGGGAGAGGAUGAGAAGAAAGAGUUAAGGAUGUUCAGUAGCCAGAGGAAGAGGGAAGCACUCGGCAGAGGAGCAGCCAGACCCAUACCUAUCACCCUGUCAGCAAGUAUUUGUAACCAGUGUGGUGGUGGGAUCAGUGCGGGAGACAUUGCUGUGUUUGCAUCACGAGCCGGUCACAAUGCAUCAUGGCAUCCUGGUUGCUUCGCAUGCUCUGUGUGUCAAGAGCUCCUGGUGGAUCUCAUCUAUUUCUACAGGGAAGGCAAGGUCUACUGCGGAAGACAUCAUGCAGAGUCCCUCAAACCUAGGUGUGCUGCUUGUGAUGAGAUAAUCUUUGCAGACGAGUGCACUGAGGCAGAGGGUCGUAGCUGGCAUAUGAAACACUUCUGUUGCUUCGAAUGUGACACACAGUUAGGAGGUCAACGUUAUAUCAUGAGAGAAGGACACCCUUAUUGUUGUCAUUGCUUUGAAAGUCUCUUUGCAGAGUACUGCGAUUCUUGCGGAGAGGCCAUCGGGGUCGACCAAGGUCAAAUGUCACACGAAGGCCAGCAUUGGCAUGCAACAGAGAAGUGCUUCUCAUGCUGUACAUGCCAUAGGUCGUUGCUUGGGCGACCAUUCUUGCCAAAACAUGGACUCAUAUACUGCAGCAGUGCAUGCAGUCGAGGAGAAUUUGGAGGGAAAGACGGCAAAGAGACCCUGCAUAUCGCCAAGGAUAGUAGGACUGAUAAUGAGAGUAGGAGUCGGAGACCGAUUAAUCUUGAUGAAUUGAACCUGGACAAUUUGAGUGUUGUUGCUUCCGAUACAGGCAGGGAAACAUCCCUCAAGAGGAGCAAAGACAUGUCGAGGAGAUCAUUACCAGAUCUGAGAAAUGGUUCUUCAACAGACUACAGUAGACCUAGGAGUGCAAUGCAGGACAGACGAAGGAAAGCAAACAGUUCCUCUUCGCAAAAUCUGUCCGUGCACAAAGGUCAGAGACUUGAUCAGAAGGGUCGGCCACAACCUCCACCAAGACAUCCAUCUCACACGCAGGUGGAUGCCAGGAUGCAGGGAGGUGCAGUGGAUUUCAGAACAGCUACUAACACGAUCGGAGGUGCAAGGUCUAUGCAGGCAUCGACUGUGAGCACUCCUCAGCAUAAGAGAUAUCAGACACCAUACACUGCACAGCAACAACAGCCGCAUCAGAAUGGAAUGAGACCAGAUGCUCUGAGACAGGAUGCUCUUAGGUACGAACAGCAGCAACGGGGGCAGGUGCCACACCAACAGCAGAACCCACACCAGCAGCAGCAGCAGAACCCACACUUUAAUUCCUAUGGGAGGAACGAGAGGCAAGGUUUUCCUGAACACAGGUACGAAGAACCACACAAGAACAACCGGCUCCGCAGCGAGAGCCACCACACCAAACUUUGUGACAAUUACGAAGAGCUUGAGCCUGUAUCGCACCACAAGGACAUGCAGAGGAGAGCUUCGAUCAAGUCGGAAGGGGGCGAUCGCUACAGUCCGAAGAGGAGGCCCAACGAGCAUAUGUCACGGUCAGCCUCUCACUUUGAUCGUCGUGCUGAUACCUAUCACUCUGAGAGGGGUCGGGAUGGUCAGUACGGAUCUCAGAGGAUGACAAGAACUGUCUCUUCUCAUAUGAAAUAUGAUAAAUACAACAGGUAUGAGGAUGACGACUACUCCUCCUCUUCCUCUGAUGAUGAUGAUGACUACUUCAUCAGCUCCCGGAGUUCAUUCAUCAACGCAGGCCCCAAGAUCCGAUAUGUUGAAAGGGGUCCUGCUAGGGUACAGAUCAACACCCUUCCCACUGUACAUUAUCCCAAAGAUGGCAAAAAGAAGAAGUCCAGAUCCAAGAAAAAAGGCAACUGUGCCGUCUCCUAAGUGUUAAGCUGAACAAAGAUCCACUUCCAAAUUUACGUUUUCCAUUGUAUUCCCAAUUUUUAUUGACCACCAAAAUGACAUGGGAGUUCUUUAAAUGUAAAGUGUAUUCGUAGAGUCAGUUCAAACUAGUAUGAAGAGAAAGGAUACAUACAUUUCAUCUUGAUAGUCAUAGUGGUGUUUUAAAAAAUCUUUUCUUCUUCAUACUUAAACAUACAUGUAAAUCAUGAUUAAAGAAUUAUUAUUGACUAAAUUGUAAUCUUUGUUUCUUUUUCUAAUGGGUCAAUUGAAGAAGAGGGUCUUUCUUGGACAAUGGGAUCUUUCAAAAAUGCAUGAAAGGCACCACUAAGUUUGCUCAAUCCUUUUUUUUCUUCUUUCCAAUUGACUUUUUAAACUGAAUUAUACAUGUAUGGCUGAACUUUGGAGUAAAACCAUCUCUGAAUAUAAUUUUCUCUUUGGGGGGAAAUAGGGGGCAGGGGAGGGGGCCAAUACAAAUUACAUGUAUGCAGAGUUUCUGUUGUCACGUAUCUCUGCAAAAUUGAUAACACUCCUAUGUAAAAUACUAAUUAGUGUAGGGAGGUCUAUUUGAAGAGGAAAAAACUCCAGAGAAUUCAACAAAGAGCAGUCAUUUUAUCAUUUUUUAACAGACUUGCAUAUCUUGCAUAUUUCAUGUGAUACUUUUAAUGAAAUCAUUGAAAUUAUCAUUUUUCUACGCACAUGAUCAUUGCUUUUAAGUGUUCAAAUUUGUACAAAUCAAGAGAAAAUUACCUUCAUUUCAUGAGUGCAAUUUGAAUCAGCGUCAAUGGGAUAUUAUUAUGUUACAUAGUUUGUCAUUUUACGAGUUGAAUGCCAUUAUGUCGUUAUCUCAUUGAAAAAUUGUAUUCUGUAAUUGUUUUGAUGUUUCAGACAGAGUAUUCAUUGAGCCAGAAAAAUGAAGGACAUUUGUAGUUAUGAUCAGUAUCAAAAUAAAUAUGUUAUGAUCCUGAUCAUCAUUUUAUGCUCAAAUCACCUUCAUGCAAAUUUGUUGUAAAAAUACAGACAAAAUGAAUACUUAUCAUAUGGAUACAAGAUGAUAUUGAUAAUUUCACCCAUAAUUUGCUUAUUGAUUUAUUUCUUGGAAAAAACAAACUGUGCUGUGAAUAUAUUGCAAUUUAUUAACUGAAAUUAGAGAAAUCUGAAAAAUUGAUUGUUGUGUUACAAUACUCGGCAUAGACUUUAUUGAUAUAUUAUUUUUCUCUUUUUUUAUAUCUUACAAAAUUAAUAUGGGAGUAGUAAGCGAUCAUGGUUAGAAUUCUCUUGCUUGCAUACCUUAUCAUAUUCAAUCACUUUUGGUGGAUAUAUGAAGGAAUUCAUGAACAUUUAAAAAUGUAUUUCAAACAGGUAGGUUGAUAUCCGCCCUGUGUAUUCCAGUCCUGUUUUUGUACUUAAGAACAGUACUAUUACAGUUCCAUCCUUUAUUAAAGCUACCACUGUCCAUUCUUAGUAUUUAUUUCGGCAAAUGCCGUCUAAACCUUGAUGAACAUGAAAUUCAAAACUAACGACUAAGAUAUAUUGGCAUCUGUUAUAUAGAUGUAUAGUUUGCUAGAAUAGCAUUUAAUGUUUGAAGCUAUUUGCUGUCAUGUGCGAGUGCAUCAUAUGGUAUUUGUAAGUUUAAUAGUAACAACUUUCCAUUCGUAAAUUAUCAACUCUUGUACAUAUAUACAUACAGAAGAAUUAUAUAGUUCAUGAUGUACAUGUACAUAUACAAUGAUUUUAUGGUAAAUACAUGUAUCUGUUCUUGUAAAUUAAGAGUAUGUGGGAGCUUGGGAUAUUAAGUAAAAUUUGAGAUAAAAUAUUUGGCAGUAUGAUGUAGUUGAAAGUUAUGGCAGCCAAUAUUAGGAAUAUUUACUAUCAAUAUGUAUUAUGAACCAAAAGUAAUUUAUAAUAUAUGUUCAUAUUGUUGAUGAUUUUAGAAGCUGUUUAUGUUAUUUUAGUGAAAUAUUGGUGCUUUUUUUAAUGCUCCAUCUUUUUCCAUUUAGUUUUUCCAGAAGUAUGCAGUCGGUGAAAUGGCAAAAAAGAAAAUAAAUUCACAAUUCAUCAGUUUAAA